UCAGAGACAGCCAAUCAGCGCAUACCACGAAUAUUCCUGACAACGAAAACGAAUCAUUUUGUUGUUGUGUCAAUGGUGUAGGUUGAUGCCAAAGACCGGUUUGGAUUUUUAUGGGUGAAUUAGUCGACUGAAAGCGAGGAGACAAGACUGAUAGGAAAUUUGGCAGAAAAAUCGGAGGACUGAAACUAGAAAUGAUUAGAAUAUUACUUUUAGCAUUCUUUACAUCAAGCUGUCUAGCUCUGUAUCCGAGCAGUGGAAAUGUAGUUGAAUUAACUCCAAGUAACUUUGAUAAGCUGGUGAUUAAAGGAGAGGAAGUGUGGGUGGUAGAGUUCUUCGCCCCUUGGUGCGGACACUGCAAGAACUUGGUUCCGGAGUAUACAAAGGCAGCAAAUGCUCUCAAGGGUGUCGUGAAAGUUGGAGCAGUUAAUGUUGAUGAACACAAGGAAUUGGGAGGAAAAUAUGAUGUUAAAGGGUUCCCAACCAUCAAAAUUUUUGGUGCGAAUAAGCACAAAGCAGAAGACUAUAAUGGAGGAAGAACUGCCAAGGAUAUAGCUGAGGCAGCAUUGAAAGCCGUCAGAAGUAAGGUUAAGUCGACCCUAGAUGGUGGUUCUUCAAAAUCAAGUGAAUCUUCUAGCGACAAAGAUGUAAUUGAACUCACUGACAGCAAUUUUGAUAAACUCGUUUUACAAUCUGAAGACAUGUGGCUGGUAGAGUUCUUUGCACCAUGGUGUGGUCAUUGCAAAAACUUGGCCCCCCAUUGGGCCAAAGCCGCAACUGAACUGAAAGGAAAAAUUAAACUUGGAGCCUUGGACGCUACUGCACAUCAAAGCAAAGCCGCUAAAUAUGGAGUACAAGGUCUUCCAACAAUAAAAUUCUUUGGACCUGGUGCCAAAAAUUCACCUGAGGAUUACGACGGGGGUAGAACAGCAAGUGAUAUCGUCAAUUGGGCUCUAGACAAGUUAGCUGAAAAUAUUCCAGCUCCAGAAGUUACCCAAAUCAUUAGCGAAGACUCCUUCAAAGAAUCCUGUGACGGAAAACCGCUUUGUGUUGUGGCAGUGCUCCCACAUAUCCUCGAUUGCCAGUCCGAAUGUAGAAAUGGGUACAUUGAGCUUCUCACAACCCUUGGAGAGAAAUUCAAGAAGAAGAUGUGGGGAUGGGUAUGGUCUGAGGCUGGUUCUCAACAGGAAUUGGAAAAUGCCGUUGACAUUGGUGGUUUUGGGUAUCCGGCUAUGGCAGUUAUCAGCCCUAAGAAACUGAAAUAUUCAAUACUCCGUGGAUCAUUUUCCAAAGAUGGAAUCUAUGAAUUUUUGAGAGAUUUGUCGUAUGGUAAAGGCAACACUGCUCCUAUAAAGGGCACUUCACUUCCAAAAAUCAACACCAUCGAACCUUGGGAUGGCAAGGAUGGUGUGCUGCCAGAAGAAGAAGAUAUCGAUCUCUCUGAUGUAGAUUUAGAUGAGAAAGAUGAGUUGUAAUUGUGUUAGUUUGUAAAAUAUUUCGUUUAGUUGUCUUUUACCAAUAGUUCAUAUUUAUCAAAACUAGUUAUAGUGUGUGAAUCCGAAUUACCAUACCAUUUUCAUCUUUUGUUCAAAGACUGUUGGUAGGAGACACUUUGAGUUUUUGUACUAUAAUUCUUUAACCUUCCUGAUAAUGUGAUGUUCAUUUUUGUAUCAGUUGUACAUUCAAAUAAUAAAAGUUGCUAUAUUUUGAUUC